AGUUUUGGUUCGAAGGAUUCUCUGAUGCGCUGCCCUUGUGGGACAUCCCAUGACGGACAUUCUGCGCUUGGCGAGCUUGGUUGUUGCUUGUUUUGCUGCAGAGCAUGACAGCUCUUGUGAGAUUCAGUUGCAUCGUUGGUCAGACAUCUCAGGUGAGAUUGGUCCUCAAGACCACAUUGACAAUGCCACGUUUCAUGCCAUGCAGCGAAUGUGGAAAAUGCCCGGUCACCGAUUCAAUCAAUGUCCGUCCGGGAGAGGGCCUCCCCUGAAGUUGAUGCAAGGCAAUGUUUUAUCAGUGUUGCCAGACAAAAAGACUUGUGGAAGGGGAGAAGUUCCCAUCGGCCAAUUCAAUGGCGACGCCUAUAACUUCACAUGUUGCUCAGGUGCACAAUGUGGAGGUUGUCGGGAGGUGAAGGACGGUGUUUGCCAGGAAUGUGCGGCAGGAUACGUGAAACAAGUGAUGCCUGUUACCGGAGAGUCGAUGCCAAGAUGCUUCAUUUGCGAUGAUGUACCCAAAUGGACAGACUCCUUGGGCCGUUCUUGUUCAGAUUAUGAAAAGCAAGGUCUUUGCAGCGGUGAAUGGCCAAAGAAAACACUUGAUGUCGCGUUUCAUGGACUUCGCCCAAGUGAUGCAUGCUGCGUUUGUGGCGGGGGAAGUGUGGAAGCUUCCCCAUCAAAGAUGCCACUCUCAGGAAAAGCAUUGUUUCUGGGCCAACAUAUUUACUCUGAGCCAUUUCCGAUUCCUGAAGCCAUCCAGCUUGAUGCCGGCUGUGAUCUAAUGUCAGUAGGCCUUGAUCUAGCCACCAACGGAACGGUCUUUGGAAGAGUAACUGCACAGGAGCAGACAGAGAUCUCGUGCUCAAUGUCUUUGGCGCAAGAUCCUGUACGCGGCAUUCUUGACCACUUUGAUCUGGCUUUCUCCGUGAACAACUUCAGCUAUGGAGACAAUGUGGUCGCUUUCAAGUAUUGGGGGUUGGACUCCAAUCCUUCAAGGCCGCAGAAGUCAGUUAACACUUCCGAGCCCCUGAGCAACUUCAACUUGGUGUGUGAGCCACUCUGCACUUGGUUGUCCAUGGAUGAAAGCGGCACUUUGCAUGCCGGAAGACUGGGCUCCAAGACUUCCGGUCUCCCUCCUUCCAUGAAGGGCAGCCUAACUCAAUUUCAAAACAUGCCUUCUUGCAGCUGCCAGGUCACAGCUCUCCCCCACCUGCAUGUGGACCCUCCCAAGGCCCUCACGACCCGCUUCUUGGCCGUACAGAUGCGGCUUUGGGCUGGAGCCUACUACAAGGAAUCCAUUGAUGCUCAGGUCCAUGUAGCCAUUUCGGAUGUGCUCCUUCAAGAACAGUUGGGGCCCGGCCUCCAGCAGUACAGGGAUCACGCAACACACCUUCCCGUGGUCUCUGCGAACGGCAGCCGCUUUGUAUUCUCUCCAGCAGUACCACCACAGAUUUUGGAUGUGCGAUGCACUGCCCCAAGUUCCACAACCCCCACCAAAUCCCUGACCUUUCGCUGGUCCCACAUCACUGGAGAAGUGUCCUUGGAUGGCAAAGCAGCUUUCACGUUGCAUCCUUCGACCGGAACGAUCAGUGGAACUCCAGAACUGGAUUUGUCCAGUGAUACGCUUGGGCGCGGCAGUCUCGAUGUCACUUGCAAAGUUGCUCUUGGAGGUGAACUAUAUGACAAAGAGCUCCCGCUUUCUUUGGUGAGGGUGCGUAUUUGGGAUGACACUUGUUGGAGCCCGGCUGAGAUAUCAAGUCAGGGCCUUUGGCUCGAUGCAGGGCGGCUGAGCUUGUCGGAGUGCAAGCAGCAAUGUCGACAGCAGGCUGAAUGCGCAGCUGUGUCUCACGGGGAAAACAUUUGCUUCAUCCAAACGACCAAUGGCAGUGCACAAAAGGCUCCAGGACCGUGCCUGCUCCGCUUGAAGAAUUGCACAGAGGAAACGGCUAUUUUGGACCUCAGCGCUCCGGAUGCCAAGUACUUGCAGGGCCAGUUCAAGCCAUCCGGUGCUCAUGCAGAUCAUGAGGUCAAAGCAUAUUCUCGCUCUGGCUUGACAGUGGAGAGGGAGUUGAUUCUGGCAAGGCAGAAGUUUGUGCACAGCGCCAUACCCAAAGCGUGCCACAAUGCCUCGUGGAUGCUCUUACAUGUGAACUCCACUGAUUAUCAGUCCAGCAAAGAUGAUACUCCAAGUUACCCAGAGUAUUUUGGCCAACCAAUGGCUUGCAUCAUGGAUGAUUCAGUUGGCACAACCUUCGAGAAAGGUUCGGCGAGGUUUGACCUGAGGCUUAGCCCUUCUGAAGUUGAAGAUUCUGUGCCCGAAUCUUCAGAAGCAAUGAUGAAGUUAUUUGUUCCUUCCUGCGCGAAACCCAAAGCAAGGCACUUCAGGGUUGGCACAAUUCAGGACCCCAAUUUCUAUUCACUACAUGCGUGCGAGUGCUUUGGAGAAGCGCAUGCCAGUACACCCCCGGUGGCCAAGAGUGCCAAUGCAGCUGUGAGCCGAAAUAUGACCAACUUCAACGUGGGACCCGUUCCGGACCAGCAGAUCUUUUCGGGCCCGUACUCUUGUGAAAAGCACGCGCUGAUUGCACAAUACCAUUCGCUGAGCAUUGAGAUUUGCCGAUCCAGAUGUCACUCGAUGGAGGAGUGCCGUUUCUACCUGUACUUCCCGACUGCGCAGACUUGUUCACUUUUUGAAACUUGUGUGAGCAUACAGCAUGUCGGAUUAGACGUGAUCCACAACCUCUAUGGGGUGGUGCGCGAGAAAGUGGUUUGUCACAUUGCCAACCCGGAGCUUUGUUGGACGAGCCUGAAACGUCGAGCCUUUCUGAGUCUGGAGGAAGCCACGGUGCCAAAAUGCUUGUUCCAGGAACAGUUUGAUGCGUGUGAUUCACUUCAGCUGCUUUCUGGUGAGAAAGAUGGGAACUGCAUGCGCUGCCAGUACCUGGAGGAGACCUCCGACCGCGAGAAGGAACGCCAGAAGGAACCGCUGCCGGACCACUUUCCCAGUGGAUCGCAGAUUCAAAUCGCAUGCAAUGAGACUUCAAGGAUGUUUGCCUCCAGAGGUGAAAGUGGUUCUUGGACGGGUCCGUAUGCAAAAGGAGCAGUCUUUACUUGCGUAAGUGGUCAGUGGGUUGGCGAGAAUGACAUCUCCUUGCAUGACUACUCGUGUUUGGAGUGCGUGCAGCUUGGAACAGAGAGGUUGCAGACCCUCUCCAGUGUUGCCAUGACUGAAGUCUACUUCCUCGAGCAUCGUGAGUUGCGAACGGCGCCUGGGAGCGUGCCAGGUCUGGGCUGUCCAACGGCCAGCGAGCAAACGCCCAGCAGUGUGAUUUGUCAGGCAAAUCAGUCGCUUCACUUGGAGAUCAAGGAGGAUCGCUUGAAGGUGUCUGAUGCGAAGGCUGAGAACUCGUGGUGGCUUGACCCUGAUGACCGAGCCUUGACCUACAGAUAUGGAGCUUGCUCAUCAUGUGUGUAUUGUUUAUGUGAGAAGAACUCCGUGCUCAAGACCUGCGAAUGCUCCGCCUUUGAGAGAUGGGUUGUGGACGAGGGACAGCGGUUGACCUCGCGGCUCUCCAACCGCUGCGCCUUCCUCAACGGGACCGAGGUUUUGACCAGCACAUGCCCCAACGAGGACGACGCAAGGUACAUGUGGUACUUUGUCCGUGGCAAUUGCAUUUUUGGAGUGCAUAUGGAGGACACUGCGCGGAAGACUUGGCGCUACAUGGUCGAAGGCCAAGAUGGCGCAAGAUUCGGGCUUUCCAACGUUCGGAUGGUCGUCAACAAGACGACCAACAUGCCGUACAGGAUUUCACUCUUCAGAGAUGGGCUUUGCUUGUCAGCGUCGGCCAACUCCGAGAGCUGUGUUAGCAACAGCACAUGCAGAUUGGCCAAGCUCUCGGCAGAUUGCAGCCAGCAGUGGUUCUUUGAUGACAAUAGAAUCAGUUUCGUUCACAACAACGAGAACUUUUAUCUCAGGACCAUUAAACCAAAGAACCAAGACAAUGCCAAGUGGCAUGUUGCGGCUACUCCAUUUGUCCCUGCUGACAACCAAAGCUUUACUUGGACAUUCUCGGACGAGAGCAAUACAAUCACAUCGCCAAACAAAGGAUGCAUGUCGGAGUUUUGGUUGACUCACAGCCAAGUAUUCUCCUACAAUACCGCCGGGGAAUCUGUGAAGGCCUCCUGCCCCAAGGGAAUGCUGAACGGUUUUCAGGGAGAACCGGGUCAAAUACGUGCCACUUGCCUGAACUUGACUGACACCCUGAUCAAUGAUACCUGUCGCUGGCAGAACCAAAGCGGUCAUUGGGCAACGAGAGGGGUCGACAUGCGUUGUGACGCUGAUCAGAAUGAAGUUCUGCAGGAGUGGCAUGUAGAAGGAACCCCAAUGUACAACAGCUCUUGGAAAUGCUGCAAAGUCUUGCUGAAAGGUAAGGACAGUUGCAGGGAGGAGGUUCCCAACGAGGGGCGACGUGGUCUUUACAAUGUGCAUGCGACUUGCGGCAUGGACGUGAUGACAAGGAUUGACAUUGAGACAUUCACUCAGCACGUUACCAAGAUUGGAUGUUGCAAGUUGAGCCACUACCCCAAUCCCGACACAUACCACACCCAGGCUGAUGUCUCCGUCGAAGACUGUGACAAGACUUUAUAUCAAAAGUGGAGCCGUGACCGAGCCCUACCAAGUCCAUGUGCCAACUGUGUCCAGCUGGACACAUGUCAAGCAUCACUGAGUGUGGCAGUUGAUGCAAAUGUGAAUCCUACAGAGACGACUGCGCUGCGUUUGGAGAUCCAGAAUCAGGAUCGCCUCUCUCCGGACCAGCUGGACGCCUACAACUCAACAGCCUCAUUGCAGAUUGUGACAAAACACGGACCACAAGCAACGCAGCAGGUUCUCUUCAGCUGUUUGCCCACCGUGGCUGCGUCAACCUUCGGCGUUGUUCCCUGCGCCGACCAGCAACCCAUUUCCCGUGUGACCCUUUCCGAGAUGACGGGCUACAUCAUGGACGCGUCUUCUGAGACUGGCCGUGUUGCCGGCAGUAUGAUGAUCGAGACUAGUUGCCCCGUUUUGUGGCCGACCUCGGAUCCUAACCGGCCCAAGGACUUUGCGAUGACAGCCAAGCAGGCCUUCAGUAUGCUUCAGAACCAGGCCUACUACAGCACCUCUUUUGAUGAACAAGCAGCUCAGCAGGCACCCUUUUCUUUCAACCCUUCAAAGGGUAAGAACCCACAGCAAGUGGGUUAUUUGAGCUUGCCACCAAGCGGCGCCGGAAUGUGGGGCUUGAGGUGCCCCAGUGGGGCUGUGGUUGCUUCCACGGGACAGUCCCAACCCCAUUGCGUUCAUAUCAACGCAGGGAAGGAGACCACGCACCGUGAGGGCUCCGGAUCUGCCUUCUGUCCACCUGGGAGCGCGGUGAGUGGCUGGUUCAAUCUGCCGGGCGUCCCGGUAAAAGGUCGCAAGGAUGGUCCAGGAGGCCCUACAGAGGCCACGCACUUUCUCCUCUUUUGCCGAGAGACGCCCUUGUUGUCCACCUGCAAGCCUUUACAGUCUUCGCGCUGUGCUAUGGCAGAGGUGGUGGGAGGAGUGAGCUUUGGUGCUGGGAGCUUCAAACUCUCUUGCUGUGGCUUGCAGAAAGAGCUCGGGGUGACGCUUCUCGACACCAUUGGUCAGAGUUACGAGACUUUUGAGGGGUAUUACUGCCCCAGUUCGAUGGAACAAUCUACGGGCAGCGCUACUUACACCAGAACCAACAUCAGGGCUCUGGGCAGCAUCUCUCUUCGUUCGGCUGAUCACAGCCCGUGGGAAUUGAAGUGGAAUAAGUUUCAGGCUGCCUGGGAGCUGCGGGAGCCCUUGGGUCAUGUCCACGCUCAGAUCAACAGCAGUCAGGUCUCGCCCGUGGGCCUUGCCGGAAAGCGUUUCUCUGUCACCUCCAUCCGGGACCUUCGCGCGCAGUACUUGAUAGGCUCGAAAGUGGAGGCUUCGGCAGCGGGAGGUGAGCCCAAGUAUCCCAAGCUGAAGGAAUUCCACGCCAGUGAGCCGGACUAUGAAGAGUAUUGCGACCCCUUCUUUUUGCAAAACCCAGACCUGUUCUCUGGUUCGAUGGCGGAGAGCAACCCAUGCUACCACGCCUUCAAUGCGGAUCCGCCGAUGGAAGGUCUCCCAAAAGGCAUCACCGAGCAGGAUUUCUGGAAGUGCAACAAACGUGAGAGUGUGCGAGAGUACGUGGUUGAGAAGGCGGACUCCAAAACGACAGAGGUCAACGCCGAGGAGGAAGUUGAAGCUACUGAGAGCGAGUUGACGAACGACCUCAUCCGGCUCGGCGUCUCUGCGGCAGUGGCCUGGCUCCCCGGCGGCUCGUCGGUGACGGCGAAGACGGGCGCCGAGAACACGGGACGCCUCUCGUGGGAGACAAUAAGAGCUCAGCUGCUGGAAUUCGCCACGAUGUCGGCAGAAGAACAAGAAGCAGCGUUGCAAGAUUGGGCACUUGGCAAGGCAGGGGAGCUGGUGCCGGCCCGGGUGACGAGAUGGGUAGACAAGGCUACGACCAUGGCGCAAGACCUUGAAAACAAGGCCAAAAACUUUGCACAGGACCUUGAGAACAAAGCCAACAGCUAUGCGGACCAGCUUCAAGCGAAAGUGCAAUCGAAGCUUGACAAGGUGAAUGGACUCAUUGCGCCGCAUCAGGACUUGAUUCAGAAGGCUUUGGACAGCGCUGGCGUGAAGGUGCCAGAGGUUUCCAUGGAGAAUCUCAGCGCGGGUCUAUUUGAGGAAACCAUGCCAGAGAUGGAACCUCCAGUCACCUUGGAAGAGGUGAGCAAGAACAAAGACAAGAUGGCAGAGGCCAAGUUGAAAGACUGUAUUCCUCUGCAAGCGGGUUUGUCCAAGGUGAUGUGCGACUUGUUUUGUGUGCAUGACUCCGUGCGGAAGGGCACCCAGGCAGUCCUUUCAAGCCUCCAAGAUUCACAUGAUACACUGAUGCAGAACAUCGAAGCACUCCUCAACUACCAGACCAAGUACAUUCUUUGGCAGAUCACGCAAAAGGAAGGAAACAAGAACGCCGCUCUAGUGGCCAUUCCAUCUUCGGAGCUUUUGGAAGAGAUGCGAACUGAGCUCUUCCCCACGAACUUCACCGACUUUGGCGAGGACUUGAGCGGAGGCGCUAGUCGCGAUUUGCUUCUUUGGCACCAGGACUUCGGCGAACGGCUUCUGGGCAAAUUGGCGGCCGUUCGCUUCAACGUGUCGUCGGAGAACUGGCCUUUCCGGCUGAAGCGGAUGCGUGGCAUGUUGCGGCACUUCCACCAGUCCGUUCAUGGGAAAGUGCGGGCCCAGAUGAGCCAGAAGACAUCGGAGGUGGCUGGGAAACAGCUUGGGGAAAAGAUCGAGUUUCUUCGUGUGCAAACACAGACGCAUCGCAGCCGGGCCACGUCAGCAAAGUCCUUGCGCGUGCAAAUGUUGCGCCCAGUGAAAGGUGGUGCUGAGGCUCUGUGGAUCUCACUCUUGGAAUCUUUUCUGCGGAGCCACGAGAAGCACAACAUGUUCACUAUGAUGCACCUGAAGUCGUUGGAUGAAACGGAUCGAGCAUUGAACCUAGCCCGAAACUUCUCCCAUUGCGCAGGUGCCGACACAUCUGCACUACAUGAGAUUUGGCAGCGCCUGCAACGAAGCGAGGAGAAGACCAGCGAGGCCUUGUUGGAAGCAUGGGCUGCAACAGUGACAGCGGCGGAACGCAUGCAGAUUGCCAUGGAGGACGAGGGCUUUGUGGGAAAUCUGAUUGAAGAGCUUGACCUCGACACUGUUGAUCACACGAACUUGGAGAAGGCCUGUAACAGCCUCACAGAGAUUUCGCAAGCGCUCUUCCAUCGUGCUGUGGCUCUGGCGGACCAAGCCUUGCGACCGCUGGCGCUUCAACUCCUCACCUUUCAGGCCUUGUCGACCUUCCAGGAGCAGGAGCUCAAGACCAGGCGCUUGGUGUACAUUCCCACCCCGGCGAUUUCCAUGGCAGACUUAAAGACUCGGCUCAUGGAAAUUGGUGAUCCAUCGAAGAGUGCAGGCCGUCGGCUGGCUUACAAGGCCUUAAAUGCUUUGGGCAGCAGAUCCUGCCCAGCGCCCGCAAAAUGCCGCCAGGGCAUGCUUGUCGGGGGACAGUCUGGAUGGGUGAUCUCUCAACCUGGCAAUAUUCUUUUAGGUGAAGCGGCAGACGUCGUCGCCUGCAACACCAACAACACCGCCUCGGAGCAUUUGAAGAACAUCACUCUGAAGCGAGAAGUUCUUGAACAUGUCCUGAUGCUGAAUGCAAUGCCUUGAAUGUUGGAGAUGCUUUGGCAGACGUCCCACUCCAACCGCAACACUAAGUUUUAAAGCAGUGGUCGCUGGAAAGUGGGUGGGGUCAGAGUCCAAUCCAGGACCUCAUCUACAGCUUUGGUGAUCUCUCACCUGGUAAAGCAUGGCACAAGGAAGAUCUCACCUGGUCAGAAGCAUCAGGGAGCCCCAAUUGGUCGUAAGAACCACUGGCAGAUCAAGGAGUCAAAUUGGAUUCUUGAGCUCAAUGUUUUUGAGCCAUUUUUGUUGCACGUGCCACAAGUGCAACGGGCUUCUGACCGCUGCGACCGAUGCAUAAGAUCUUAGGGCAGUGUGAGUGAGAGAAGAGG